AUGUCUGCAUUGAACAGUAAUCUGGAGCUCUCCGAGCCUAGAGAUCCACUGCGGUAUAGGAAAAAGAGGCGGCAGGUCGCGCGGGCCUGCGAGCAAUGUCGCAGAUACCGCAUCAAAUGCGACGACGAUGCGCCGUGCUUGAAUUGCCGAACCAAUGACAGACAGUGCAGCAGGCUGGCCGACAGCUUGUCGAGCGAGGAAGAGAUAGCCCGCCUGAAGCAAAAGGUGCGCAGCCUGGAGGAAGAGCUCCAACAAGAGCGCAGCAGGAGGAUCGCCGUCGAGCAACAGCAACAACCGACACCAACCUUGGAAUCACCGGCAUCCUCUCCGGCUUCUUCGCAAAACGAGAAUUCGAAUCAUGGUUACAGUCAGAAAAGGUUCUGGGACGGUGUCCAUAUACGCCCGCCGCGCUCUCCACACAGCUCUUGGUUCGGCCCGUCCUCGCUCUACUAUUACAUCUUUCGACUCAAUACCUACCUAAACUCAGCUCUUCAGCAAUACCAGCUAGCCACUGAUAUCCUUCCCGUAUCGGUCAGUAGUGGGGAUAUUGUCGAAAACCCCGUCCGAAAGCCCUCUUCCACGGCUCUGUCUCUGGCCACUGGCUCCGUCGAUGCUUCCGAAGGCGUGUAUCUCAAGCCGGUGCAGGAGGAGUACUUCCUCAGUCUCUUUUGGGAGUCGUACCAUACUUCUCUCUUCGCAGUUCUUGACGAGGCACAGUUCAAGCAGCACUAUCAGUCUCUUUUCGCAUCGAGCACGACCUCUCGCGACCCAUCUGCACUGGUCGAUAUCGUGGUGGCAAUGUGUAUGCAGAACGGCCUGUCGUCUCUCCCGUGUGACCGUCAAGGUAGCAUCGUCGAAGAUAAAGAUCCUACCGUGGCUGGCAGAUGGCAUUAUCGACGCGGCCAACUCUUGCUAGCUUCCGAAUCCGAAAGCCCUACUAUCGCGACCCUGCAGGCGCAUCUGCUACGCGCCACCUUUCUAUGUGGAGGCUCUUUCCACAACAUGGUAGACAGCGCAUGUGCCUCUGCCGUCCGUACCGCGUACAUGCUUGGAUUACAUCAAAACACGCCUCUGAGUAUGCCGGAAGCAGAACAACAGCUACGCCGUCGGCUUUGGUGGGCAGUCUGCGUUCUGGACAGCAAGAUCGGAAUGAAGCUUGGCCGACCAUUCUCCGUCCCAGUCGAGAGUCAUAUCAUGCCCGAACUUCCGAGAGACGAUGCGGCGGCAGCACGAAUGUCCGGCUCCAUGUUUGCACCGAUCGGGCACGACGCCACCUGGUUGAGUUUCAACUUGCAGAAUACCAAGCUCUACAUGGUCGUGCGCGAUGCCUACAGCGCGUUUUACGACAGAGACUUGCGUCUUGGGGGAGGUCAGGCGAUCUGGGAUCACCCCCAGAUCAUGGAAGACCUGGCAGAUAACCUUUUCAACUAUGCAGAGCUUCUCUUCAAGGAGUGGACAGAUAAUGUGCCUCGUGCGCUGACGAUCCCUCGACAGCCGGCCAGCAGGCCCUUUUCCACAGGAGGCUCGACCCUGAUCCUCGAGCAGUACGCCCCUCUGUGGCUCCAGCGCCAGCGCGUUCUCCUCGAACUCACAUAUCACCACCUCUGCACCAACCUGUUCCGCCCUUUCCUCUACUUCGGCCAGACGCCUCAUCCGGCCGAGAGCUGCGCCGAAGCCGGUGCGAUGAAGUGCUGCUCGCACGCGAUGGAAGUCGUCCACAUCACGCACCAAGUGCUCGAGAGCACGGAUAUCCUCAACGGCUGGCACGAGGCGUUCCAGUGGACCUGGGGCGCCGCCCUGACGCUCGUCGGCUUCGCGCUCUUGUACCCGGGAGACCCGCGCGCGGCACAGGCCCGUGCCGCCAUUGAUCAGGCCCUGGCCGUCUUCGACACCUUUGGAGCGAGCUUUGCCACAGCAGCCAGCGCAGCCACCAUCAUGCGGAGUCAUUGUGCCAAGGUGGACUACCUCGUCUCGAAGUGGUGGUUCGAAAGGUCGAAUAUUGGCAGCGCGUCGGGUGGUUCCGAGGAGGUUGCAGUGGCGAUGAACAGCGUGUGGCCGACAUUGAGCCUCGAGAUGCCAUUGGAUGAUGCAUUCCAGACGAGUGGUUUGUCGGGUAUUGGUGGACUGGACACUCUGGGGACGGAUGGCUCUCUGUUGGAUGCGACUUUGGGCGUGGACUUUUGGGCUGAUCUCGACAUGCUGUGGCCAGAAUUGGGAAAUGUAUCUUGA